GAACCGGAAAUGAGGCAUUUGGGUCCGUUCAACCCUUGCCUAACCCCAUGGCGCCGCUGUCUCUGCCACCCCGCGCGCCGGGGCUUGAGGCGCGACGCAGGCGCUCUUGGACUUGUUCCCUGGGAGGGGGCGGGGCGCCAGGAAAAGCCAUGCUGGCUGGAGACGCCGGCUCGGCGCUCGGCUUCUUUCUGCGCAGGGUCCGCGGCGGGGCGCGGGGCGCGGAGGGUUGUGCCCGCAGGAGGCACUUCGGGCUCCCCGGGGUCCAAAAGCCAGCCGGAAAGCGAUGCCUGGGGAAGCAGAGGUUCUGCCCGUCGGGAGCCCGCUGCGUGCAGACUGGGGACCGCACGUUUGCCGCGCUGCCCCGCGGAGCGGCCCGGGGGCUUCUCGGGGUGCCCCCUGCCCCCUUCUCCGCCCGGCUGCCUUAUGGCACGGCUCCUCCCAGCGGCAGCCCCCCGCCGCCCCGUCCGGGUGGAGAGCCGCGCUGCGGGGUUAGCGAAGCCCUCCUGGAGGUCUGCCGGCGGAGGCACUUCCUCAGGGGCGGAGAGGAAGCCCCGAAGGCCGCCUGGGGCUCUUGCCUGAGGGGCGACCACCGGGGCUUUGGCCCCCUGGGAGUGGACCUGCGGAAGAACUUGGCCGCUCAGUGGUGGGACUCGGUGGUGGUCGCCUUCAGGGAGCAGGUGCUGGGAGUGGAGGCUCCGGUGCUUCGCCCUUCCAGCGCCCUCGGGGAGGCUCUUCGCGUGGUGGCCCCCGGAGCCCUUUGGGGAGCCUGGGAGGAAGGCCGGUGGAGCCCAGAAGAGGCGCGGGCCGCCCUGCCGCGGAUGAUGGAGGCCUCCGCCGUGCUGCGGGACAGCCUUCUCCACGGUGCCUUAGAGCACUAUGUGGAGUGCCUGGAAAUGGUAAACAAGAGACUCCCUUUUGGAGUUGCUCAGAUAGGAGCGUGUUUCCAUCCUGUGGCAGAAACAGAAAAAGAGAAUCAUGUGAGAAUAGGUGAAAGGACAGUGGCCUCUCUGGUGUGGUACAGCUCUGGCCGAACUGCAGGACAGUGGCUUGACUAUUGGUUACGCCAGCGCCUCCAGUGGUGGAGAAAGUUUGCAGCAAGUCCUUCCAGCUUCAGCAGCAAUGAUUAUCAAGAUGAAGAAGGAAGAAGAGGAAGCAAUCUGUAUUACAGUUUUCCUUGGGGAACAGAAUUAAUAGAAACUCUGAGGCACCUGGGAGAUAAGGAACUGUUGCAAAUGUACCCAGGAAGAGAAUCAGUACUACACGUUCGAGACGGGCGGAAGAAUGUUGUCCCUCAUGUCCUGUCUGUGAGUGGCAAUCUGGACAACGGAGUGCUAGCAUAUCUUUUUGAUGGCAUGCAGUUGGCUGAAAAUGCUUUAACCAGAAAGAAGGUCAUGCAGAGAAAAGUUCUUAAGCUUCACCCAUCUUUGACCCCAGUCAAAGUAGCUUUGGAUGUGUCAAGAGGCCCAACCACAGAGUUGAGGCAGGUAUGCCAAGGAUUGUUCAAGGAGUUACUUGAAAAUGGGGUUUCUGUUUGGCCUGGAUAUCUUGAAACUACACAGUUGACUUUGGAGCAGCUGUAUCUAAAGUAUGAUGAGAUGAGCAUUCUUUUCACUAUCCUGGUCAGUGAUGCCACACUGGAGAAUGGUGUAGUCCAGCUGAGAAGCAGGGACACCACAAUGAAGGAAAUGAUGCAUAUAUCAAGAUUAAAGGACUUUUUAACAAAAUACAUUUCAGCAGCUAAAGAUGUAUGAGCAACAUUAAAAGACAAUUUUGUAUCUUC